CUACUGUCAUCCCCAAACCGUACCCUAUUAAUUUCCUCAACCCAGUGCGCACAGCUUUCUGAAGCUUCAAACUGUCAUCACCAACCCACACUUAAAAAGCCGCGGUAGCUAUAACAAUGGAGAUUACUUCAACAAGUUCCGGUGCCCAUUUGCUUCUCCUUUCAAGUAAUCGUACAACAAUACGAGCCAGCAGUAGACCGCCAAAAGCUUCGUCAUCUCCAUUACCGCCUUCACAAAAUAUCAAGGACAAAAUCGAAAUAAGAGUGUGUACAAAUAGGACUUGCAGAAUGCAAGGGUCUCUGGACAUUUUUCAACUGCUUUCCGGUAUCUCCCCGUCGUCCGUCACCGUCAAAUCCUGUGGGUGCCUCGGGCGGUGCGGGUCGGGUCCCAAUAUCGUAAUCUUGCCGGAUGGUGUAUUCGUGGGGCAUUGUGGGACGCCAAUAAAGGCUGCUGAUCUGAUGUCGACCGUCUGUGGGAUUGAGGACGAAGGCGACGUGGCCAACAAGUGUUUGGAAGCAUUGGCUUUGAGGAAGAUAGCUGAAGAUGAAGCGGGCCGAGGUGAUUUUGCAAAGGCUUGUGAUUUACUCUCCCAGGCUAUACAUCUUAAACCAUUUGGGGGUCUCCAUAUAAUUUACAAGGACAGGUCUGCAGCAAGAUUGACAAUGGGAAACAUUAAUGGAGCACUUGAAGAUGCUAAAGAGGCGAUGAGCCUUGCACCUCACUACCCUGAGGCAAGUGCUAAUUGUGAUGUAUUUCUUGCAAUGAAACAAUUUGAUGGAGCUGGGGAGUCCUUCUCGAUUGCUUUGGACUUAGAUCCAUCUAUUCGCCGUUCAAAAUCAUUCAACGCCAGGAUUGCAAAGCUUCGUGAGAAACUAGCUCCUGCUAGCAUGUCUUGAGCUCUUCUUUGGCGUUGGUCCGUUGGAUUUGGUUGGAUUGAGCAAUUGCAGUUCACUGCUGGUUCUUUUAAUAAGGCAAUUGCUGCACCAUCUCUUUCCGUGAAGUUAGCAUAUGGUGUGAAUAGAUAUUGCCAAGGCAAAAUGUAAAUUCAUGUGACUGGUGUAUCCACUAGGUCGCAGCGUAACAAAUUAUGAUAUUUGUAGCCGCACUCUGAUAGACAAAGCUCCUCGUAAAGGAAAGAAUCAACAUUGUGCUAUGUCACUGGUGUAUCUAUGUAUCCACUAGGUUGCAGGGUAACAAAUUGUGAUAUUUUGUAGUCGCAUUCUGGUAGAGAAAGCUCCGCGAAAAGGAAAGAAUCAAUAUAAUAUAUGUAGAAGGAAAAAAAUGAUCAGGAAUAUCUUGUCACCACUAAGGAAGGAAACAAAGUAGAUUAGCUCCAAGAUCAUUGGGACUUGAUAUAUUGUUUUCUUGUUUACUCGUGAUUGUAAUAGCUAUAUAAAUUAGGCAUCAGAUCAAUAAGCUGGGUUUUAUCAUCCCUUUAAAUAUCAUAUAAGCUGGAACUGAGAAGUGGAGUUAUCUCCUUGGCAGCUAUUGCAGUUGUUUAUCAUCCCUUUUAAUAUCAUUUCUU